AUCCGAUUCUGGUGAGCUUAAUGAAUUAUCGGGUAAGAAGUUUCAGAUCCGUAACUAAAACCCAAACCUAACUGUGCGAACUGCUUGUGUUAUCUGUGCAGUUGUCUCUGGAAAAAUUUGUGUGAAGCAUUGCUGUAUCAGAAUUUGUGUCCUCUCUGAAUCUGCAUCUCGUAAGAUAUUUUACUAGGGUGUGUGCGUCUCAUUGAUCCCUCUCUAAACUACCCCAAUCUUCCCUUUUACCCUAACAUCACAUCAGUUACCUCAUGCCAACUUGGCGAUGCAUUCAACUCUUCAUUUAUUUCUUAGCGUGGGCCUCACUUAUAUGCUCCCCUACAAGCUCUUCACUUGCUGAUUCAAUUUCAAGUCCGGUGCAUGCUAAACCUUUUUCUCCCGUCAACAAAUUUCUGAUGCAGUCCUAUUAUGACAGAUACAUCAAUUUACACGAUUUGGAUUUUGAAAAAUUUAUGUCUCAAGAAGUCCCUUAUGGUUCGUGUGAUAACCUUAAUUUUGUGUUGAGAAUGUCAGAUCUAAAGCGCACUCUUAUUGGUGAAGGUUCACAUCGUACUGUGUCUACAUUAAUCCAAUUGAAAACCCAACCGUCAAAGUCUUUUUCUGAACUGUUAAGCAACUCAUGUAAAUUCAUGAUUAUUGAGAGAUUGCCUUCUGGAGUUUUUGCUGAUCCAUUUGAGUUACAACAUCUCGUUCAGCGAGGCAAGUUCAGUGAUAUAGCUGUCUUUGGUGACACAAAUCUGGAGCUGCCUUCAUUCUUGUCCAAUCGUUCUGCUGUUGAAAUUCACUUGCUUGUUGAUCCAAAUAUAUUGCAAGAGCCAACUGAUAUUAACAUGGAGCUUCCAUUGCAUGCUCGAUAUCAACCUCUGAAUGGAAGUGGGUACUCGGCAAUUGAAUUUGGUGCACCGGAUAUGGUAGUGCGCUGCAGCACAAAAGAAAAGAUGGAAAAUCACAAUUGCUUCUUUAAAUUGGAAAAAGAUGAUGCUAAUCUGUAUGGUGCUCAUAUUGUUUGGAGAAUACCUUCUGGAAUAAAGGCACAUGCUGGUCUUGUUUCUGCCGUUACAUUUAUUGCAGCUUUGUUAUCAACUAUUGCAAUUGUUGUUGCAUCAUUAUAUCAACCCUGGUGUUUUUGAAUAUACCUAAGGAGGUAGACGGAAUUGUUGAGGUGAUUAAAUUCUAUUAUUGGCAUUGGAAUAAUGGUCAAGGUGUGUUCUCUGUGAAUCCAAGAGGGUGUCUUUGUAGUUGAAAGAAGGUUGUGAUUUUAUAUGUGGGGAUGGAGUUAUAUGGAGGUCGGAUGAAGACCCAGUUUGGGAUGAGGCUAUAUUACAAGCAGGUGGCGGGCAAUGGAUAUGCUGUGGAUAAAUCGGAAUUUUGGGAAGUGGUUACCGACAGCAAUAACGACGUGCAGAAACAGAUUGUGCAUUUAGGAUCCGGAUCCGUGCAGUUAUCAGACUUUUCAGAGUCUAAAUAAUUCUAUUAAGCUUUUCUUUUUGGUGAAUAAAUAAUUCUAUUAAGCUGGUUGUAGAGAACUAAUGCGUUCUUAUGUGUUGGAUUGGGUGAAGGAAUGCUUACGCAGUGAUGAAGUACUAGUGUUUGAUUAUUUCAGAUCAUAAUGCAGCAAAAGCAUUAGUAAUACGCAAGGUGUGGGCGUCGUUAAAACAGCUGUUGCUAGAGGAUUUUAGAUGGCUUUUUGACAGUAGGCUUUUUUCUUAGAUUUUGGAAUGUUUUGAGUACCGAUCUUAUUUGUAUAAGAAACAUAUCCUUGUACUCUUCUAAAUCAUUUUAUUGCACACCUUGUGUUUUAAACUGGGUUAUUAAUAAUAUGCAAAUGCUAACCAUGACUUUUAUUAUAGGAGACACAA